AUGGCGGGGCAGGAGAGAUUUACAGGUUUUUGCAUAGCUCCACAAAAUAAUUAUAACUGGCACUGGCAAAGGGGGAAGCCAGUGUUCCGGCCCUGCCAGGGUUACCCCUCCGGCACCUGGUUUGAGCAACAGCACUGUGGCUACUCCCUUUCUGUCUACAGCUGUGACUGUGCAGCAGAUGGAAGUGGACGCCACCUCUCUGUGCGGGAGACCUCUGGAUGCCCAGCUCAAUCUCUGGUCACGCCUAAGGAAAGCACAGCUCUGGCAGAGAAACAAGAUGAAGACCCACUUGAAGAUCCAAAUCUUCAUUUGAACAUUGAGGAACUAAACAAGGAGUUUAUGGUGAAAAGUGAGGAAUUCUAUGACUCUCUCAUGAGUUGCCACUGGCAGCCUUUGGAUACAGUUCACUUUGAAAUCCCAGAUGAGGCCCCCAAAGAAGCAUGA